AUGCAGCAGCCAGGAGAGAUGCUCAACCUGCCGUCCGCGUUCGGCUCGGCGCAUCACCUGGCUACCCCCGGGCACCUGCCUAAGCCGGCCAACAUGCUCCCUCUGGCCGGGCCAAAGGGAGAGAGGGGGGGGGGGGUGCAGAAGCAGCCUGCGUUUUGUUAUGCUUUGCAGGAGGGAGGGGGGGCGAGGAGGUUCCCCCCCCUGCCAGAAUUGCAGUUCAGGUUGAAGAGCUUCUAUGCAGCCAUCUCUGACCUCUGCGCGCAAAGCUGGCCCCCCUUUCUCUCCUUUUUCCUGUGGGGAAACCGGCUGGGGGGGGGCGGCCUGCAGGAAAGUGACAGAGGGGCUGUCAGCUUCCCCGCCAGGUCCAUGAAUACGAACACCAUGAUAUUUCUGAUCCUGGGGGCUUCGCUUGUGAUGGCAAUAGCAUGUUUAAUGGACAUGAAUGCUCUUCUUGACCGAUUUCAUAACUAUAUCUUACCGCAUCUAAGAGGAGAAGAUAGGGUCUGUCAUUGCAACUGUGGAAGGCAUCACAUUCAUUAUGUCAUCCCGUACGAUGGAGACCAGUCGGUGGUUGAUUCUUCCGAGAACUACUUUGUGACUGACAACGUCACCAAGCAAGAAAUUGAUCUGAUGCUGGGACUCUUGUUGGGAUUCUGUAUAAGCUGGUUUCUUGUGUGGAUGGACGGAUUGCUCCAUUAUGCCGUACGAGCAUGGCGGACAAGCCGACGGUAUGACAAUUCAUGGUCUUGGUUUCCCAAAUUUUGUAACUUCAAGGAGUUCCGGAAACGCCAUCACAGCCAAUAUGACGAAGCCGCGGGAAACAUGGUGCACAUCAAACAGAAAUUGUAUCAUAAUGGGCACCCCAGCCCAAGACACCUUUAAGGAAACUCGGGACUGAUCAGUGGUCUAUUGAACAUGCCUUUUGCUGUCUACCAAGGGGAGAUGUCCAGCUGCUUACUCCCUGGUGGACGCCACGUAAAGACACCCUCUUAGUUCCACCAACAGUGUGUCUGCAGAAUUCUCUGCGCCCAGAGAAUGCACAAUUUCCCCCCUGUCCUGGAUCCAAGGCUUAUGAGACAUUGCACUGUGGUUACCAUUUGACUGGUGGACCUGUACAUAUGACGAAACGAGACAAACAACCCAGCACAGAAAGAGCGCGCGAGAAAAAUUUGCAUUUCACUUUUAAGCCCUCGCUUCUUUUGGUGUUGAUAGCAACGGCAGUAUCUUUUUCUCCCCGUUGGUUUUCCUUGUUGAUUUGGAAGUUUUGUUUGUCGUCGUCCAAGGUCUUUGUAGAUGAAUUUGGCCAGAUGUUGCCCUGUCUAGCCUUCAAGUACUUCUGAAUCUGUUUCCAAUUGUAUCUGACCCUCCCAUCCCUAUUUAGGUUCUUUGCUGUGCUCCAAGAUCUCAUUUCUAAUCUAGAUUUGGUUUGGAUUUUAGAUGACCCGGUAGGUACAAUGCGUCAUCCUUUAAGGACCCACUUCUGUUAUUUAUGAGUUGAGAAAUAGUUUGGCUUUCUCCAGCCUCCACCUCUGCUUUGCUUUCUUUCCGAAUCAGAACCUAGGGAGAUCUUUCCUCCAACUUGCCCAAAGAAACAUUCUGACAUGCAAAAUCUGCAACCACCAGGCUAAAUGUUGUCAUCUGUGGGCUGGAGUGAACUGUCUUCCAGGAAACACCAACCCAAAAGGUCUACCCUGAGAAAUUUGGUUGAGCAGGUCAUAUGAGUGAAAAUAUGCAUAUUUAAGGUCCCUUUGGUCUAUCAAUUGAUCCUGUGAAUGUUUCAUCCAGGUGUCUCUUGGCAAGACAGAAACUUAAGACUGUUUAGUUUGGUGCUGUGUUGAUGAUGCUUGAUAUAAUUGUUUCAGUUGUAGAGAGGUCACCCUUUUAAAGAAAUUGGAGAAGGCCAAGUUGGUUUUAGCAGGCAAAGCAUACUUCUUCCCAGGUAUGGUCCCUUCCUUGCAUUCCAUGUUCAUAGGUUCUUCUGUGCAAUGGGCAUCGUGAGAUCUUCAAGAUCGCCUCACGUUCCAUAUCCCAUCAGCCUUGGUAAGCAUUGCCCGUGAUGAGGCAGGAGGGAGGUUAUGAUCCCAAAGUAUCUGGAGAGCUCUCAAUUGGUCUAUCCUACACCUGGAUCCAUCUGAAUAAUGGCAAUUGCCUUCUUGGCGCCUCAACCCUGUUGCAUUUACAAGACCAUCUACCUCAGAAACUGAACUGGGCAGCGGCUUCAGUGAAGGGAGUCGCGCAGGGAAGGCCAGGGAUACUUAAGAGUCAAAAGGGCAUUUGAACUGGGAAUCAACCCAGUUCCAGGGUUCCACCAAGUGGAUCCACAUGCUGCGCUUCAGCAGGAGGCUAGGAUGUUGAGCGGGUCGAGCUGCUGGGGUUUGUCAGCCAUGCAGGUCAGCACAAAUGCAACCCUCAAUUGUGGUUUAUUCAAUACAUCACGGCUACGCCAACUAGAGCUUAGUAUGAUCCAGAACGAUAAUCUUCACAUUGUCAUCCCCAAGACGAACAAUCUCUUCUGUCCCACUGUGCAUCAAAGCCCACACUGGCUGAAAUCAUUAUUGUAACGAUGGUUAAAAUGCACAUUUCUUAUGAUCCAGACGCAGAACAUGCUGGCUUUUUAAGAGGCAGAUUUCUGUUAAGAUGUUCCUCCAUGUAGGAAAGGAGGACACCUGGGAAGAGUUAAGAGGCAGGUAGAAACCAUGCCCACCAUGUCUGUUAAACCUGUCUGUUCUGCAACUCAAAGCACCUUUUUAACCCCCUCCCCACCUUUUUAAGCUGAUGUUGGAGAACCCUUUCUUUUUAUUUCCUUGUUACAAAGCCAGAUGUUGCCCAACAUUUGUCUACAAGUCUACCCUGCCCAUCUGAACAUCAACGUUAGGUGGCUUAUAACUCUUCUUCCUAUUACUACUAAUACAGUGGAUUUGCAUGCAUGAAUUAGGGCGUACAGAAACCUGUGCUAAACGUAGUUGUAUCAGGUAUGAUGUCAUCGUGCUAAUUGGGGGGAUUUGUGGGGAACAGUUCUGAAAGAGAGCCCAGCAUGGUGGGGUUCAAGAAGACCGAGCUGAGUUUGUCCUAGCAAUCAGGCCUGGGGGGGACAGGAGGAUGAAGCAGAUCCUAGUUGGGGGAGGGGGAAGCAAGUUUUAGUUUAGGACUUCCAUGCUGCAUUGUUCUUGGAGACUAGUAUUCUGUACAUGAGGAAUUCAGGAGGGGGAAGAUACACAAUCUGGAGUCCUCCGUGACUUGGUUCAAUCACCAGAUAGCAUGCUCAAUGGUUACGUAUCAGGGCAGAUCAGAAGAUCAAACAGGGCACCAGGUUGCCAACUUUUCUGACUAUGAUCUGCAAGAUCUUUUCUAAAGAAACGGAAGCCCUGCCUUGUUAAGUCAUGUUGAGUUAACCUGUGGUUCUGGUUGGCUGGAUGACUGUGUGGUACAAACCCAGCCAGUUACGGUUUAAUCAAUAAAACUUUAUUCCACUCACCAUGGCUUAGGGCUUCGCAUGAACCCAGCUUGUGGUCAAAGCCUAUUGAAUUCAGUGGCCUAAAUCUAGACACAUUUUCUUUGGAACAGAGAGGCGACUGACCAACACUAGUGCAUGUCAAAUUAGUUUUUAUUACUUUUUUUUUUUCAUUAGCAGAUUUUAGGUUUGAAAAAGAGCAUUCCCAAUUUGUUUUACCCAGAGAAUUAAAAAAAAAAAUUGGGAUAGACCCCUCCGUAGGAAAAUACUGAAAAUGUCUGUGAUUAUUCUAUUGUUUGAUUGCAAUGUCCGUGUGAUUAAAAGGAAAAAUAACAACUUCACCAAGAACCCAAAAUGAAAGAUGAGAAAUUUACUGGUAACCUCGCUAAUUGUAUGUUUAAUUUGCUAAUAUUUGUCAACAAUUGUGUGUGUGUGAGAGAGGGGGGGCAUGUUUAAACACACAUUUUUGGAAAUGCUUGAAUGUUCCACAAUUGUGCUUUGUAUACUUUUGUCAUUCAAAUGUUUCCCAUGAGAUAUUUAAACCA